AUGCAUUUUUCUGAAGCAGACUAUGGAUGUAAGAAGCACUCAAAUCACCUGGAACAUCAAGGUGUUUGCCCUUCGUGUCUUAGAGAGAGAUUAUCUCGUCUUACUUCCGUUUCACACAAAAAAGCUUCAAGGGUUGCUUUGUCACUGUAUUUUUGUCCUGCUGACUCAAACUAUGCCUCUCCGGCUCAACAUCGAAUUUUCCAUAACAGAAACAGCUUCAUGGGGAUGUCGUCGUCUUCCACGCUGAAGGUUGGUACCAGCAAUGGUUUGAAGAAGAGUAAAUCGAUUGCUUCUGUACCAAGAAACUUGGAUGAUCAUGAGGAGGCUAGAAUUGGGAAAAGUAAAAAAGGGUUUUUGUCUAAGUGGAUACAUUUACCUUUCAAGGAGAAAUAG